GAAAAAGAAAGUUCCAAACCCGAAGUUGCCAGGGCUUUCUAAGGCUUGGAAUAUGUAUGAAAUCCUUAUUCACCAUCCGAUCUCAUCGCAUUUCAAUCUUUUAACUUGUUGGGUUUUCUUUCAACAAUCCUUUAAACCUCAUUUUUCUUUCCCUUUUUUCAAAUCACAAUCUCAGCCUUUUUCUUGAAUCCUGUAAUCCAUGCAACCCCAACAAGCAGAAGUUCCGGUCAUGGAAGUAAAUAUGAACUUGUUGGGAAAACUUGAAUCGCUGGGGUUCCCACGGGCCAGAGCAGUUCGAGGACUUCAUUAUACAGGGAAUACUACAGUUGAGGAUGCUGUAAAUUGGCUCAUUGAUCAUGAGAAUGAUGCAGACAUCGACCAAAUGCCCUUGGUGGUAAUAAACUUGGAUGUAGAGUCCCCUCAGCCAAAUGAUAUCACAGAAGCAAUAAAACUCAAAGAACAGGAACUAAGGGAUCGAGUUUGCAUGAAGAACCGGGACGAAGAAAAGAAACUCGAACGAGAAAGGGAGAAGGAAAGAAUUCGAGCAGGCAAAGCACUACUUGAAGCAAAGAGAAUUGCAGAAGAAAAUGAACGAAAACGCCUUUUAGCCUUACGAAAAGCCGAGGAGGAGGAAGAGAAAAGAGCAAGGGAGAAAGUGCUUAAGAAAUUAGAUUUGGAUAAGUUAGAGCGAAAGCAAGCACUUGGAUUGCCACUUGAAAACCGAGCAGCGAAACCGCCUCUACCUAGUAUACAAGAAGAAAAGAGUUCCUUGCCUGUUAAGUCUAUUACAAAGGCUGACCAUAUGAGAGAAUGUCUAAGAUCUCUGAAGCUGGCUUACAAGGAUGACAAUGCUAAAGUUAAGAAAGCAUUCCAAACACUGCUGAUUUACGUCGGAAAUGUUGCGAGGAGUCCCGAUGAAGAAAAGUUCAGGAAGAUCCGACUUAGCAACCCGAAAUUCCAGGAAAGAGUUGGGAGCUUGAAAGGAGGGAUCAAGUUUCUCGAGCUUUGCGGAUUCGAGAGAAGUGAAGGGGACGAGUUCUUGGUUUUCCCUCGUGACAAAGUCGAUGUGCAAUCGCUUAACACGGCUGGUUCUAUGUUAAAAUCUGCAUUGACAAAUCCAUACUUCGGUCUUCUUGAAAAGAUGAAAGAAGAUUAGAGUUGUAAAUAAUGUAUAAGGUUUACAGUGAUAAUUUGGCUGAAUGUGUAGCCAAAUAAUAAUAAUAAUCCUCUCGACAAAUAAACAUUUAGCUCGUCCCAAUAAAUAUCUUGAAAAUUUCUUUUAAAAAA